AAACAGCUGCAGCAUAUUUACAUGGUUUUUUAUUUCUCUUAUUUUAGGUCCUAAGCAUCCAAGUGAAAUGUUACCACGAAAUCAUUACUAUAGGCUACAGAGUCUACCACUCAUAUGAUUUACCGUGGUUUAGAUCCCUCAGCUGGUACUUUUUGCUGUGUGUGAACUACUUCUUUUAUGGAGAGACUGUAGCUGAUUACUUUGUUACGUUUGUUCAGAGAAGAGAACAGCUUCAAUUCCUAAUUCGGUACCACAGAUUUAUCUCUUUUGCACUCUAUCUAACAGGCUUCUGCAUGUUUGUUUUGAGUUUAGUGAAGAAACAUUAUCGUCUGCAGUUUUACAUGUUCGCAUGGACUCAUGUCACUUUGCUGAUCACUGUAACUCAAUCUCAUCUUGUCAUCCAAAAUCUCUUUGAAGGCAUGAUCUGGUUUCUGGUUCCAAUUUCAAGUGUUAUCUGCAAUGACAUUGCUGCUUACGUUUUUGGAUUCUUCUUUGGCAGAACUCCAUUAAUUAAGCUGUCUCCCAAGAAGACCUGGGAAGGGUUCAUUGGAGGCUUCUUUUCCACAGUUGUAUUUGGAUUUAUUUUUUCCUAUUUUUUGGCUCAGCAUCAGUACUUUGUCUGCCCUGUGGAAUAUAACAGUGAAACCAACAGAUUUGUGACAGAGUGUGAACCUUCAGAGCUCUUCCAGCUGAAGAAGUACUCCAUGCCACCGUUGUUUCAGGCUGUGUUGGGAUGGGAAACGGUGAAUAUGUACCCAUUUCAGAUGCACAGCAUUGCACUGUCAACAUUUGCCUCAUUAAUUGGGCCAUUCGGAGGAUUCUUUGCCAGUGGAUUUAAAAGAGCUUUCAAAAUCAAGGAUUUCGCAGACACGAUUCCUGGGCAUGGUGGGAUAAUGGAUCGCUUUGACUGUCAGUACCUGAUGGCCACGUUUGUUCACGUCUAUAUCACCAGUUUCAUAAGGGGUCCAAAUCCCAGCAAAUUACUGAAACAGCUGUUGAUACUUCAGCCUGAGCAACAACUGAGCGUGUAUAAAACCCUGAAAUCUCACCUCAUCGAAAAAGGGGUCCUGCAGCCAUCUCUGAGAGUGUAG